GAACUAAUUAAAUAUCUGCAACAUAAUAAAUAAAAACAUCAAAAAUAUAAAUUUAUAUAAAUCAAAAAAAAAAAAAAAAAACAAACAAACAAGAAGCUGAAAUGAAACCACAAAAAAAUAUAUUAAUCGGUGUCACGGGAAGUGUGGCGACUAUAAAGCUACCAUUGCUAAUCGAAAAGAUACUGGAAUUCGAGGAAGAUUAUGUCAUAAAUAUCAAAGUAAUAACUACAGAGCAUGCUAGGCAUUUUUUCGAGAGUACACUAUUGCCAGCAAAAGUAAAGGUAUUGAUUGACGCUGCCGAGUGGUCAAUGUGGCAGAAGCGCGGUGACUCCGUAUUACAUAUAGAUUUGGGAAAAUGGGCAGACAUUUUUCUUAUCGCACCACUCAGCGCCAAUUCAUUGGCGAAAAUAUCAACGGGCAUUUGCGAUAAUCUGUUAACAUGCGUGGUGCGUGCCUGGGAUCUGCACAAACCGCUGCUCUUCUGUCCGGCAAUGAACACACGUAUGUACGACCACCCCUUGACAUAUGAACAAAUAAGCAAGCUAAGAUCUUGGGGAUACACUGAAAUUCCUUGCAUAUCAAAGAUGUUAAUGUGUGGUGAUAGUGGCAAUGGUGCAAUGGCUGAAGUAACGACGAUCGUCGAACGUUUAAAACCUUUUUUAGAAAAUUCAUAGCUCUCAAAUUGUAUAACCACGGGCAUACAGCCAUUAGACCAGAUGUAAUAAUUGUAAGAUUGUAAAAAUUAUAAGAAUUGUAAAAAUCUCUUCUAAUAUGUUCAUGCGUACUGUACAGUGCAGUGACGUCAUUCGUGGACGAAGAGAAAUUAACUACAAAAGCAAUAUUAUUCAAUAGGAAUAUACCUUUGUGCAUACAUAUACAGAAACUUAGUACUAGAUUAACAGCCAAACUAAAGAAAUUUCAAAUACCUGUUAAAACGCUUUGUAAAAAGAGAUAUAUCAUAGAGCAAAAAUAUUAUUUGUAUAUGAAUGCAUAUUUGAAUUAUUGUAUUUAAAUAUAAUGUUAACAGAUUGCCUUGAUCAUAGUAGAAUAAAUUUAUAUCAAAUCUAAAAUAA